UGGUUUCGACGCACGUCUAUUGAGAUUGACCAGUGACGAGUUAUAGGGUUUAUCAGAGGCCGUAAUCUCUCGAUUCUCCAAUCUCUGCUUCAAAUUCUCUCCCGAUGGCCGCCUCCGCCGUCGCCAGAUCGAUGCUUCGAGCUGCAUCGUCUCGGGGAGGCGCCGCUGCUUCCACAGGCCGGUUCGCCUCUCAAGCGAAAUCAGUUCCGCCGAUGUUUAGAGCCACCGCUAGAAGAAGCUCACUGCUUUCACCUCUCCGAAAUCCUGUGGAGAUGAGCUUCUGUGUUGAGUCAAUGUUACCAUACCACACUGCCACAGCUUCUGCGCUAAUGACUUCAAUGCUUUCUAUCUCUGGACAUACCUAUGGCUGGCUCUCUGACGGCUGACUGAAGAAUUUUACCAAGACAAUGAAGCCAAAGAGAUGUGUGUUUCCUGCAAUAUAACAGUUUUUCAACUUAUAGACUAGAUAAACCCAACAACGUUCGAUUCUGCAUUGUGUCUCAAAACCUUCAUUUAUAUCUUCUUCUUAAAAUAAAACAUGUACUCUUCAAUCGUUAUUUAACUAGUGUCUUCUUUUCUUCUUGGUUAUUAUUGCAUUUGAGUUAACGAAAGAAUCAUUAAUGGUUGGUCUUAUACUCCCAGCUUGCAUUGAUGAUGUGUGAUGAGUUAGCCAGAAGAGAUCACUGAAGCUACCAGUUUAUGUACAAAACUCUACCUUUUCCCCCAAAAAACCUAGGAACUAUUAGACCCCUCUUGAUUUUCUCCCCUAUUUUGGCUCUCACUUUCUUGGAGAGAUUGUGUUUCUUUUUUACCCUUUUAAGACGUGUUGUAUUUCAUUAGACUGGUAACUGAUGUUUCGUAUAAUU